AUGUCGUCCCCUGCAGCGGACCAGCAACAGGAGACGGACGAGAACAAGAAGAUCCUCUUCCGCUUCUGCUCAGAAUGCUCCAACCUGCUAUUUCCCCGCGAAGACAAAGCCGAGAGCAAGCUGCUGUUCGCCUGCCGCACAUGCUCUUUCUCUGAGGAAGCCCCUUCAGCAUGCGUCAUGCGCACCGAAAUCGCCUCUUCCGCUGGCGAUACGGCUGGUGUGACGUCGGACAUUGGGCAAGAUCCUACGUUGCCGCGUAUCAAAGACAAGGCCUGCCCCUCGUGCGGCGAGCAGGACAUCGUCUACUUCCAGUCCCAGCAGCGAACCACACACACUGGCAUGAAACUGUACUACGUGUGCACCCAGUGCAGCCAUGUGUGGCAGUAG